AUGCCGAUGCAGAAGCUCGUGUACCCGAUGAGGGAGACGAUGCCAUUCUUCGUGAGCUCGUUGCGUGCUAUCGACGACUGGAAGCGAGCCCAUGCAAAACGUGCAGAUGCCAUUACCCAAGCAGAACUUGACGCCAAUGCGAAAUAUGUCAAGAGUCCUUUUGCUCGCUCCAUGAACAUAGAGGACUUGCUGCGCUUCUUGGACGACACUGUGUUGGAUAUCAACUUUAUGGUUCAACUGCCUUCUAUCGAGAAAUGUUUGGAGAAGUGGUGGAAGCUCUACGCACAUGGAAGACAAGUGAUCGACCAGGAUAUUCUGCGUAGCGUCUACUACGACCUUGCCUUUGUACUGGUGGAGGCUAAGACGGAAACUCUCCACAAGAACUCGGUGUCUAUGAUCAUGCGGGCGAGCUGGACCAAAUGGAGCCCAAAGGAGCCACCACUCGGCAAGAGCGAGUUCUUUCGACUACUCUUCAUCCUCGCACACCUGAUGACGAUAACAGAGCGCUUGGGUGACUACAUUACCUUCUUCCACGACACGAUGGGCAAGAUCGCGCGUAAAUAUCGCCAGAAGCAGAUGCGGACGGAGCAGCACAGUCGACGACCGAGACUUCGUCGGAAAUCUACGUUGGACGAGAUACUAAGAAGCGGGAGUGCAGGCUCAUCAAAAGUGCUGAGUGUUCCAAUGGGACGGAUACCGAUGCACGGCGACGGAGUUCUAUCGGACGAUGAAGACCAAGGAGGAGAUUGCUUCGUGGAGCUAUUGGAACGGAACUCGCGGUAUCAGCGUGUCGUGGUGGACCCAUUACUGAACGACAGAAGAUUUCAAGACAAAUUCAGGCAACCUGGUGGCGACAUGCACGUCUCCAAGUCCAUCCCGUGUCGGAUCUCCGCUACUGAAUACAAGAGCCUCUGGAGGAUAUGA